AUGAAGGUGCGGAAGCACGGGGGGUCCCUGGACGAGGAGAAGCUGUUUGAAAACGUGAGCAAAGAUGACUCGGGCAUAAUAAAGAAGUUUACUCUGGGCGUGUGUGCCAUGGAGAGUAAGGUGGAGAGCGCACCCAUGGAGUGUAUCUUGAAAAGGCUAGCCAAAAGUGGAGAUUUCAAUAUUAUAAAAUUUAAAGAAGACAUGAUUUUAAACCAUGAUAUCGACUCAUGGCCCAUAGUGGAUUGCUUGAUAGCGUUUUAUUCCACAGGGUUUCCUCUAAAUAAAGCCAUCGAGUAUGUUAAAAAAUACAAGCCAAUCACCUUAAACAAUUUAAGCAGACAGUUAAUUUUAAGGUCAAGGUUGCAAAUUUAUGAGGAGUUAAAAAAAUGGAAAGUGCCACAUGCGAAUUAUGUUGUCGUGGACCAUGAUGCUGUGAAGAGAGGAGAACAUGCAUUUGAAGAAUAUUACGAUUAUAUCGUUUAUAACAACAUUAGAUUGAAUAAACCUUUUAUAGAAAAACCAAUCAAUGCAGAUAAUCACAAUAACUGGAUUUAUUACCCAAAAAACACUGGUGGGGGAUGUAAAAAGCUCUUUAGGAAGGUUAAAGACAGGAGUAGUGAAUAUUGCCCUGAUGUACACAAGGUUAGGAAUAACGGUACUUAUAUAUAUGAAGAAUUCCUUUCCACCUUUGGUACAGAUGUAAAAGUAUACACCGUUGGGCAGAUGUUUGCACAUGCAGAAGCAAGGAAAUCCCCAGCACUUGAUGGAAAGGUGUGUAGAACAUCUGACGGGAAGGAAGUUAGAUACGCUGUUAUUCUGUCAGAAGCAGAGAAACUAAUUGCCUACCGAAUCGUGGAGGCAUUUCAACAAACAGUUUGUGGAUUCGAUAUUUUGAGAACAACGAUGGGCCCUUUCGUCUGUGAUGUCAACGGAUGGUCUUUCGUAAAGGGUAACAUAAAAUAUUACAACGACUGUGCACACAUUUUGAGGGCCAUGUUUUUAGCAAAGCUGGAAGAAAAAUAUAAUAUCAUACCAAGAGACCUUGCGGAUAACUGGUACAACAUUGAAAACGAAGAAGAGGUGUUGAGGAAAACAUUCAGACAACCAGAUGAUCUCCAUUGUUCUCACCAUGAGGAAUUAUGUUCCGUCAUUAUUGUUAUGCGUCAUGGUGAUAGGAAGCCCAAACAGAAAAUGAAGUUCCUCACAGAUCGUCCUCUCCUUUUGGACUACUUCAAUUGUGAAGAAAAUCUAUACAACGUGAUUGAGAACAAGCUCACUGCAGAUGAUCAGACCAAGCCUAGUCACAUUGGUCAGAACAAUGGAAGUAAUAAUUUAACCAUUAGCUGCGUGCCCUCCAAUCGGGUGGAUUCCUCCAUGUUCCAGUACGACGCCUUGGCCAAGGCACCCUCCACGUACAGCAAAAUAUCGUUCAUUUCGCAGAAGAGCGGCGAGGUGACGAGUGCUUCUGGCGCGCCCGACACGGACGACGCGGCAGGCGCUGCCAAGGUUGCAAGUGCUGCGAAUACUGCGCAUACUGCGCAUACUGAGAACAGUGCGAACAAUGCAAAUACUGCGAAUGGUGCAAAUACUGCGCAUACUGAGAACAGUGCGAACAGUGCGAACAGUGCAGGGGCCCAGGCAGAAGACGAGGAGGAGCGCCGAGACAACCUCUACAAGGAGUACGCGAAGAAGGAAAUCAAGUUCAAGUCGCCAGAGGAGCUCCAGGAUCUCUUCUUGCGCAACAACAUCAUCCUGGGCGAUAUCGAGAAGGAGUACAAGGCUCUCAAGGCGGAGGCCGAGGCGAGGAGGGCGGAAGAGGCCGUGAGAACUGAUGCCGUGAGAACUGAUGCCGUAGGGAAAAAUGACACAGAGGCAUCUCUUAACGGUGGCGCUAUAACAAGGGGCAGUGAUGUGGUUACCCCUAAGGGUGAUGUAUCAGAGGCACGCCCCCACGCCGCGAUGACGCAGGAAGAUCUGGAGGCCAAAAUCAGUGAGUGCCAGAUUACCAUCGAAAAUCACAAGACACUACAGAAAGUUUUGGAGCGGGGAGAUGGGUUCACAGGCAUAAAUAGAAAGAUACAAUUGAAACCAGUGGAAUUCGUAGUGGUGAACGGUAAAAUUGUUGUUACUAAAAUUCUAACGGUGGCGAAGUGGGGAGGAGAACUGACCAGGAUGGGAAGGAGGCAGUCUGAAAAUUUGGGGAAGAGAUUUCGAGCAACACUGUACCCCGGAGAUUCAGACGGGUUAUUACGAUUACACUCCACCUUCAGGCAUGAUUUCAAAAUAUUUACAUCAGAUGAAGGGAGGUGCCAAAUAACAUCUGCCGCUUUUACAAAGGGAUUUUUAGAUUUGGAUGGAGAGCUCACUCCAAUUUUAGUGGCCAUGGUGAUUAGGAAUUCCAAAGCGCAUAGUUUGCUGGAUGAUAACAGACCCAGUCUAAAUAGAACCCAGUGUAAACAAUACAUAGACAACUUACUGAAUGAAGACAAAGAUAUAGAUGAAGAUUUGUUAAAGAAACUUACAUCUGGAAAGCAUGCCAGAGGAUUACGUGAAUCAUUAAGAAAAAUAUCAAACUUUUUUCAACUCAUGGAAAAAAUAAGGAAAACCAUCUAUGAUUUUUUGAAGGGAUUAAAUCAGGAAGUACAAAAGUGGCUAAACCUCUUCCCUUAUGAUGAGUACGCAUUGUAUGUAAUAGAUAUUCUGCAUGAAAUACAAGUGAGAUGGAAAUCAUUGACAAAGAUGUGGUUCAGAAAAAAUAAAAAUAAUUAUGAUACAUCUAAAAUACCAGAUAUUGUAGAUAACAUAAGAUUUGAUCUCAUACAUCACCAUUCCUAUCUUGGUUGUGGACUAGACAAGGCUUUCGAAAUUUACAACCAAAUAGAACCGUUAGCUAAUUUUAUUUCUCAAGCAGAAUACGGAAUCACACCUGAAGAAAAAGUUAAAAUCGGAGUUAAUAUUGUAGGAAAACUUCUUCGAAAACUGAUACACGACGUUACAUUCUACAGAGAUGAAGAAGUUCGUAAUAAAAGAAACAACAAAGGAUACUUUGACUUAAAAAAUGCUCUGAAUAUUUCCUAUAUUAACUCGUUCAACCCAUCCAAGGGAGACAAGACACCCAUGCCAUUGAAUGAAAAGAACCCACAACAACAGAUUCUGGAAAAUGGCAAAAUAGAUGCACAGCACGCAAAUUGGCUAGACAAGGAAAUACAAAAAGACACGCCCAAAUCAUUUAGCAUGUGUAAGUAUGACUCCAGACAAAUUUUCAUUGAUAAUCGUCUACAGAAGGGAGGAGAGCAUCUCAUCGCCACGACCAUCGCCACGGACCCGGGUGCCAGAAACACCGGGGCGUCAGUGUGCAAUGAGUCCGACUCCAGUUCAGUAGCAGGCAACGCGGCAACAGCGGUCCCCUCUAGUGGCGCUUACCCUGGUGGCACUUACCCUGGUGGCACUUACCCUGGCGGCGCUUACCCUGGUGCUGCUUACCCUGGUGCUGCUUACCCUGGUGCUGCUUACCCUGGUGCUGCUUACCCUGGUGCUGCUUACCCUGGUGCUGCUUACCCUGGUGCUGCUUACCCUGGUGGCGCAUACCUUAGUGAGGCCUUCUCAAGCACGCCCCAGGGGAAGAAGUCCAUUUACAGAGAACUCAACCGGAAGGAUGGAAAAAAUGAAAAGAAUGCGCAAGCUGCAGCUCCCGUUGGGGAGGAAGCUUCACCCGAAGUAGGAAAAAAAUCAACAGGUGUGCAGUUGAUAACUGGUGCGGAGCCGACAACAGAUGUAGAAUCUACAAGAGGUGCGCAGUCGAACGGACAGGAUAAGUGUAAGGGCGGCCCCACGAACCUGAGUGACGAUGGCCUCCUUGAGCGCUCAAAGCGCAACAAGGGGGAGAGGCCAGAGGAAGGCGAAAUCCGCACGGAAGGUGCGUCUGCAUCUGCAUCUGCAUCUACGUAUGCGGCGGGUGAUCUACAGGGUGGUUCGACCCAUAGCGGGGGAGGCACUAUUCGUAGAACGGCUAGCGGCAAUGUCGGCAGUACCAUCGUAGGCAUGGUUGGCUGCGCUUCUGGUACCCAUGCGCGUAUCAGCCAAAACGAGAAGAACCCCUUCAGAGCGGCGGCAGGAGGUGUCACGUACAACAUCAACGCGAAGGACCUGUAUGGACCCAAGCUGAUCAACAAGAAGGAGGCACUGGUGAUCAACUCAUCGGAUCUGUGGGCCCACCAGAAUAAGUACAGAAAAGAGAACAACGAAAAACAGAAAAUGAAAAAAAUAAAAAACGCCAAGGAGAGUGAACUGAAUUUGAAAAGAGAAGACCAUCUCGAAGUGGCUAGUGAUUAUAGGGGACUAGAUAAAAAGGGAAAUAGGAGUAUCUGGAUGAGAGGUGCAGGAGGAAUUAGUGGAAGUGGUAGCGACACAGCCGCGAAGGAGUUACGUGGGAAGGUAAUCACAAGGUUCGAUCUACAAAAUAGUGUAAAGGUGGAAGGAACGAAUGGCACAGAGCGAAAGGACACAUCUCGGAAUGGCCACGAAUUUACACAACAGGGAGAAAAAGAAGGAAUGGAAAACGAGCAGGGCCGUAACAACAAGGUGCAGAGGAAGGUAGAGGAAAAAACAAAUCAGGAGUGCCAAAGAGAGGAGACAGAUAGAUUGGUGGAUAACAUGCUGGAGGGGAAGAAGGAAAAGAAAAAGGAAGAAGCAGAAGCAGAAGAUGAAAAAGAUGAAGAAAAAGUUGAUGAAGAAGUUGACGAUGACGGAGAAGAAGAACAAGACCAUGACGAUGAUGAAGAUAUAAUUAGACUGAAAGAAACAGAUGCAAGGAGGUUAGGAAUUCGCUCCCCUUGGAGGAUGGUUAGGUCCAGAUACUACGUUACAUCAGCUUCGCAUAUGAUAUCUUUGUUAAGUAUUUUGAUCCAUGCUAAAAAUAUAGACAGUUCGACAGGCCAAAAUAUAAUAGACAAUGAUUCCAUUAAAAGUGUAGGAGACGUCACAGACUUGCACUACUUAUCACAUCUAGUUUUUAGAGUCUGGGAGAGGAAACAGCUAAAGAGAAAUGAUAGUAACAGAUUUAGAAUCGAAAUAUUGUUCAGCUCUGGGGCGAAAGAUGGGUUCGGACAGAACUAUGAACUUCUUGAAAAAGACGCCAAGGCGCAACAACAAAAGUACGAGAGACACAUUAGCAAAUACGUCGAUGACACUAAGAGAGGCACAGGGGGGGGAGAGGUGAACCCGUCCAGUCAGGUAAGUCGUGCAAACUCUGUUGUGAGCAAGGGGGCCAAGAAGCACUCGGGUGAAGGACAACCGGGGGAAAGUUCCCCUAUGGAGAAGUACAUUGAGGGGAAGGCUAACACAACAACCAAUGAUCACGGCGCAUCCGCAUCGGAGAAGGUGGAGUCUAACAACUCCCUUUCACAGGCGGGGUCGCAGGGGCAGAAGGACAAAGAGAAUGUAAGCUCUGGUAACGCAUUCCGGUUGGUAGACAACGUGGAGGGGAAGGCGGCUGGCUUAGGUGCGUGCAAGCCGAGUUUGCAGUGCGGACUGAUCAGCCCGGAAAGGAAAGGUGAAAAUGGUCGUCUCGAAAGUGAAAAGGGAAAUAUCAGCAGGAACAACUGCGAAAGAGCUAGCAUAGGAAGAAGCAACUCUGCGCAUAGGAAUGACACUUCGAUCAGAAAGGACACGGUGCGCAGGAGUGGAUUGUGGAGUCAAUUUUCAUCCACAUCGGCAAACCUAUUCCGAAGAGGAGAGGAAGAAGAAGAGGGAGAAGACGCAAAGUUCCACCAUGGGGUCUACAAAAGAGAUAUGUCUUUCCAGUUUGGAGGAGUGCACGAAAAGCUCAGUUCAAUAAACAAAAACACCACAAGGACUGGAAGCUACAUGGUCAGAUCUAUUAGUUCCAAUUUGAGAAAAAAAAAAUACAAACAAACAGAUGGAUUAAAUGUAGAAUACGAAAAGAAAAAAAAAGAAGACAUCACAAAGGAAAAUUUAUUAACGUAUGAACAUGACUGUACCAUUGACAUGGCGACACCAGAAGGUAAUCACAAAAUACAUCGGAGCGUUUCUUGCGUUAGUGAUAGAUCCUUCUAUAUAAACCCAAUGCAAAUCGAGUUGGAAGGAGAACCUACUACCAAUAAACAUUUUAAUGGAAGAAGAAACAACAUGCUCGAAAAUGAAUCCGGAAGGAGUACUUUCCAGCACAGCCUCCAACACAAAAUAGAGCGCCCAUUCCAACACAAGAUUGAGAGACCUUUUCAGCAGAAAAUUGACCACCACUUUGAGAAGAACAAUGAGCAUGACCCGAAGGAAAGCAAAAAGGCAAAUGUAUUUUCUCACGUUUUUCAACAUUUUAAUGAAAAUAAAAAAAAUUCCACCUCCAAUUUGAAGUUCUUUUACAAAACAUACAUGCCCGAUUACGAGAAAAUUAUCGAAAAUGAUAAAAAGGCUGAAACCUUUGACGUCCCUCCCUACUGUGAGUUGGCUCCCCUCAUUGUACUCACGAAGAAUUGCCAGCUGUCCACCUUCGAAAAUAUCCUCACGCAGAUUCUGAAUAAGUACUCCAAGGGGGGGAAGACGAAGGACAAGGGGCCCAAGGCGGGGCCCAAGCAACCUUGA